UCGCCGCCUAUCUCAUGAGGAGAAAGGUAGAAUUCAAGUUGAAGACUGCCUCUGGUCCAGAGCGAGGAGCCCUGCGUCAGCGGGUGAACGAGAUUCUGCAGCAGGAGUUCGACAUGUACGCCGUGGAUCUCCAGACGGCAUGUCAAGGCUGCUCGGUUGACUGGGACGAUCUUCGAACAGGCCCAGGCGCGUCUGGACUACCAGCGUAAGUCCGAGAAGCUUCUGGGUCCCGUCUCCGCAGACAUCGAGAAGCGUCUGCACGAAUAUGCCAAAGCGCCACGCCCUCCCAAGAAGGAUUGGAAACCCUGCCCGACCGAGGACGACUUCGAGAAGCGCCUCAAACCUCUGAUCAACCAGAUCAUCAACGCCGGUGAGCAAAAGACUGGUAUCAAAGUCCCGCGCGGAGAAGAUGGCUGUCCCUUUCCCGGUGAGGAAGAAGAUAUGCCUGAAGGCUGGGGCUACUGGAUGUGUUGCGUGUGGUUCGGUCGCCGCUUAACCCGUUUGUGGCUCUGGUGCAAUGGUCGGUGGGUGUCAUUUGUACCGAGACCUUGUUCCUCACCUGGCUAUACUGCUUUGUGUUCGGCAUGCGUGGUAUGGCG